GUAUGUGAUUAAUGUACAAAUUCUUUCCGAUCGCACAAGUGACAAAAUUUUGCGGCUUGAGCAAAAGUUGCACAAUAACAACAAACAUGGUUGAAUUAAAAUGGGAAGAAAAAUAUAAUCUCAUCACUAGAAAUUUGGGUGAAUGGCUUGGUGAUGAGAAACUUAAAAGUAUUCUCAAAAAACGAGAUUUGAAACUUUAUUGGGGUACUGCUACAACUGGUAAACCUCACAUUGGUUAUUUUGGACCAGUGUCUAAGAUAGCAGAUUUCUUAAAUGCUGGCACAGAAGUUACUAUAUUGUUUGCUGAUCUUCAUGCUUAUUUAGAUAAUAUGAAAGCUCCAUGGGAGCUUUUAGAACUUCGUACUCAAUAUUAUGAAGCAAUUAUCAAAACCAUGCUUAGGUCCAUAAAUAUACCUUUGGAAAAGUUAAAGUUUAUUAAAGGAACAGAUUAUCAAUUAUCCAAGGCAUACACAUUAGAUAUAUAUCGUUUAAGUUCCGUUGUAACUGAGCAUGAUGCAAAAAAAGCAGGUGCUGAAGUAGUUAAACAAGUUGCAAAUCCUUUGCUCUCUGGAUUAUUGUAUCCAGGCUUACAAGCUUUGGAUGAACAAUAUCUUGAAGUUGAUGCUCAGUUUGGUGGUAUAGAUCAAAGAAAGAUAUUUACUUUCUCAGAAAAAUAUUUGCCAUUACUUGGAUAUGAAAAACGUAUCCAUUUAAUGAAUCCAAUGAUUCCUGGAUUGGCAGGAUCUAAGAUGUCUUCAUCUGAAGAAGAUUCAAAAAUUGAUUUGUUGGAUAGUGCUGCUAUGGUUAAGAAGAAACUGAAGAAAGCAUUUUGUGAACCUGGUAAUAUUAGUGACAAUGGAAUUCUUUCAUUUGCUAAACAUGUAAUAUAUCCUUUAUUAAAAGAAGGAGAAUCCUUUAAUGUACAAAGAACAGCUGAAUUUGGUGGAUGUAUAUCAUUUGACAAGUAUGAGAAUUUAGAGAGCGCGUUUGCUAAGGAAGAAGUACAUCCUGGUGAUUUAAAAAAUGCCGUUGAGUUUUAUAUUAAUAAAUUAUUGGAUCCAAUUAGAAAAGAAUUCGAAACAGAUCCAAAACUCAAAAGUUUGGUGAAUAAGGCAUAUCCUCCACAAAAGCCAAAAGUUGUAGAGGAAUUAACACCAGCUCGCUUGGAUAUCAGAGUUGGAAAGAUAAUUGAAGUAUCGAAACACCCUGAUGCUGACUCACUUUAUAUAGAAAAAAUUGAUCUCGGAGAAACUAGUGGACCCCGUACUAUAGUCAGUGGACUUGUAAAUUAUAUAUCAUUAGAAGAAAUGAAAAACAGAAUGGUAGUCGUACUUGCAAAUUUAAAACCAGCAACUUUAAGAGGUGUUCAGUCUCAUGGAAUGGUUUUAUGUGCUUCAGUGGAUGAACCUGUAAAGCAAGUUGAACCUUUAAGACCUCCACUAAAUAGUAAACCAGGUGAAAAGGUCAUUAUAGAUGGAUAUGAAAAUGGAUUACCAGAUGAUAUACUGAAUCCAAAAAAGAAAAUAUGGGAAAAAUUACAAGCUGACCUCAUAGUAAAUGGUAGUGGAGAGGCGUCUUGGAAUGGUAAUCUUUUAUUAACUGCUAAUGGUGAAAAACUCAUAGCUGACAGCCUUAGAAACGUUACGAUUAAAUAAUAAUACUUCAGAUGUCUAGCGUAAAUCUCACGCGAUGUUGAGAUCAAGCUCGUUGCUUUCAAACGUAUUCCACGUAUCGCCGGAAGAAGAAAGAAAGAAAAACUUAAGAGUAGGAGCUACCGCGCGUAUCUAGCCA